AUUUGCGAGCCAACUCUGGUGCCAACUCGACUCACUUGCCAUUUGGCUGCCUAACGCUCAAGAAAGCUCUUUCGUCGCCGCCGCUCACCCGCGCCGUCGCCGCAAGACCUUGACUGUUCAGCUCGUUGGACCCGCCCAAGAUCUUACCAGCGUCGCCACCGACCACGCUCCCAGGGACCAGCACGUCCCUACGCUUAGUGUUUGAUUUCAACGUUGAACCUGAGUGGUUCCCGUGCCGAUAGCAUCGCUUGAUACAAUACCAUGCUGCGCACGUCUCUGCCUUUUGCCCGCCUCCCGGCUUUGGUGACGCGGGCCGCCUUCAAGUUCAAGACCGGACAGCGCGCCGGCAUUGCCACACACGCCACCGCACGGUCCGCCCGUGCUGGGGUGGCCGUACACGGCAGUCUCAAGACUCAACAACAACGUGGCCUCGCCUCGAUGGCGCUCGCGGCCGCCGAGGAGCCCGAGCACAUGGUGUGCGCGUCGACGGCCGCGGCCAAGGACGCAAUCCUGCACCGCAUGUGGAACCACAUCCAGUCGACGGGCGAAGAGAACGCGUUCUACGUCGUCGACACGGCCGCGAUCGAAGACCGGUACAACCUCUGGAUGACGCAUUUGCCGUAUGUCAAGCCGUACUAUGCGGUCAAGUGCAACCCGGACCAGCGCAUCCUCUCGACGCUCGCGCGUCUCGGCACGGGCUUUGACUGCGCGAGCAUGGCCGAGGUCAACGACGUGCUCUGCGCCGGCGUCGACGCCAGCAACAUCAUUUACGCCAACCCGUGCAAGCAGCCGUCGCACAUCUCGUUCGCGGCCACCACCGGUGUCAACGUCAUGACGUUCGAUGGCUGCGACGAGCUCACCAAGAUGAAGAAGCUUCACCCAGACGCCCAGGUGGUCCUGCGCCUCUUUGUCGACGACUCGCACUCGCAGUGCCCGCUCGGUACCAAGUUUGGCGCGGUCCUCAACGACGUGCCUGCGAUUCUGCGCCACGCCAAGGCCAUUGGCUCCAACGUCGUCGGCGUCUCGUUCCAUGUUGGCAGCGGCUGCUUCAACGUCUCGGCCUACUCGGACGCAGUCCUCCGCGCGCGCAAGGCGUUCGACAUUGGUGCAAGCCUCGGCUUCAACUUUGAGCUGCUCGACAUUGGCGGUGGGUUUCCCGGUGACGAGACCGCGCCGGUCGCGUUCGAGGACAUUGGCCGUGAGCUCAACAAGUCGCUGAGCGAGCACUUUCCGGUCUCGUCCGGCGUCCGCAUCAUCUCGGAGCCUGGUCGUUUCUUUGCGGCCGCAAGCCACACGCUCGCGGUCAACGUGAUUGCGCGCAAGCUCGCACCCAACUCGCUCGCGGCGCUGACGCCGUCAGGCUCGUCGCCGCUCAAGGCGUCGCAGGGCAAGCGCGGCCUCCACGGCAGCGUCGACCCGUACUACAUGUACUUCGUCAACGACGGCCUCUACGGGUCGUUCAACUGCCUCUUGUACGACCAUGCGGUCGUGCAUCCCAAGGCGCUCACGACCGUCGACGACAGCGCGGCGUUCACCUCGAGCAUUUGGGGCCCGACAUGCGACGGCCUCGACUGCAUCGCCAAGGACAUCAAGAUGCCGGUGAUGGACAUUGGGGACUGGAUGUACUUUGCCAACAUGGGCGCGUACACGUCGGCCGCCGGCUCGCACUUUAACGGCUUUGUGCCGCCCCAGAAAGUCUACUUUGACUCGACCACCACCGACGACGAGUAGUUUGCCACGUCAUCGAUAAGACUCCUGCGCACGCAGUGAGCUGCAUUCUACAUACGAAUAACCCAACAUCAGAUAAUGUUUUACAAUGAACAAGUUGUCAUACGA